AUGACCAGACGAAACAUCAGUUCGGGCUCGGCCUUUGAGGCACAAAUCGGCUACUCCCGCGCCGUAGUGUCGGGCGACCUCAUCUUUGUGUCCGGGACGACGGGGUACAACUAUGAGACUGGAGUCAUCUCGCCCAACAUCGUCGAGCAAACCGAGCAAACAAUGGAGAACAUCGCUGCCGCUCUCGCUGCGGCCGGCGCGGAGAUGAAGGACGUUGUCCGCGUACAUUACAUCUUGCCCGACCGCAACGACUUUCAGAUGACUUGGCCUGUUCUGCAGAAGUGGUUCGCCGAUGUGCGCCCGGCUGCCACCAUGAUUCAAGCCGGUCUGAUGGAGGAAGCCAUGAGGAUUGAGAUUGAAGUCACGGCCAAGAAGGAGUCGGCAGCUUGA